CGGCGCGAGCGAGGUGUCGGGAGCUCGCGUGCGGCGCGUGCGUGGGGACGGCGCCCGCGCGGACGGUCGGGCAGGCCCAGCGCUCAGAUUUCCAUUCUGGCCCGGAGAGCAGUCGCGGGAAAGGCCGCUGGCUCCGUGUCUCAGAUUCAUUCUUAAGGAACUGAGAACUUAACCUUCCAAAAUGUCAAAAAGACCAUCUUAUGCCCCACCUCCCACCCCAGCUCCUGCAACACAAAUGCCCAGCACACCAGGGUUUGUGGGAUACAAUCCAUACAGUCAUCUCGCCUACAACAACUACAGGCUGGGAGGGAACCCCGGCACCAACAGCCGGGUCACGGCAUCCUCUGGCAUUACGAUUCCAAAACCCCCAAAGCCACCAGAUAAGCCGCUGAUGCCCUACAUGAGGUACAGCAGAAAGGUCUGGGACCAAGUAAAGGCUUCCAACCCCGACCUGAAGCUGUGGGAGAUUGGCAAGAUCAUUGGUGGCAUGUGGCGAGAUCUCACUGAUGAAGAGAAGCAAGAAUAUUUAAACGAAUACGAAGCAGAAAAGAUCGAGUACAAUGAGUCCAUGAAGGCCUAUCACAACUCCCCCGCGUACCUGGCUUACAUCAAUGCGAAGAGCCGUGCAGAGGCUGCGCUAGAGGAGGAGAGCCGGCAGAGACAGUCGCGCAUGGAGAAAGGAGAGCCCUACAUGAGCAUCCAGCCUGCGGAAGACCCCGAUGAUUACGAUGAUGGCUUUUCCAUGAAGCACACGGCCACCGCCCGUUUCCAGAGAAACCAUCGCCUCAUCAGUGAAAUCCUCAGCGAGAGCGUGGUGCCCGACGUCCGGUCCGUCGUCACCACCGCUAGAAUGCAGGUCCUCAAGCGCCAGGUCCAGUCCCUCAUGGUUCACCAGCGAAAACUGGAAGCCGAACUCCUUCAGAUAGAGGAACGGCACCAGGAGAAGAAGAGGAAAUUCCUUGAAAGCACAGAUUCAUUCAACAACGAACUCAAAAGGGUACACCUGCUGCUCAGCUGCUGGGGCGGGCCACCACGUGGCUCGUGCGUCAGCACAGGGUCAGGAGGUCCCUCAGAGCUGACCACGCGGUGCGUGGUUGCAGAGGAGUCACACCUGGAAGAGGCAGCAGAGAGCCAGCAGAACGGCGAGGAGGGCACGUCCACACCCGAGGACAAGGAGAGCGGACAGGAGGGCGGCGACAGCCUGGCGGAAGAGGGGACCAGCGACAGCAACACCGGCUCAGAGAGCAACAGUGCCACUGUGGAGGAGCCGCCGUCAGACCCCAUCCCGGAAGAUGAGAAGAAGGAAUAAAUGUUGCCUUGUUUUAUGUGUCCUAAAUACUUUUUUAAAUGA